ACGGUCCAAAACAAAAAGAAACAAAAAUAAAUCAAAUCAAAUCUAUUGGCUUUAGAUCUCUCUCUACAUUUUCACCAGAUCAAGCACUUUGGUCGCUCAAGCCAAGCCUCUGUAGGUGUGAGAUCUUGCGAGCCAAGAUGGCUAUGAUCGAUGAGCCACUUUACCCAAUCGCAGUUCUAAUUGAUGAGCUGAAAAAUGAUGAUAUUCAGCUUCGUUUGAACUCAAUCCGGCGGCUAUCAACUAUAGCUCGUGCUCUUGGAGAGGAGAGGACUCGGAAGGAGUUGAUACCGUUUUUGAGUGAGAAUAAUGAUGACGACGACGAAGUACUUCUUGCAAUGGCGGAAGAAUUGGGGGUUUUCAUUCCUUAUGUUGGUGGUUUGGAGCAUGCAAAUGUGUUGCUUCCUCCACUGGAGACCUUGUGCACUGUUGAGGAAACUUGUGUGAGGGACAAGUCAGUGGAGUCACUGUGUAGGAUUGGUUCGCAGAUGAGGGAACAAGACGUGGUUGAGUGUUUUAUUCCAUUAGUCAAGAGGCUGGCUGGUGGCGAGUGGUUUUCAGCUCGAGUCUCAUCAUGUGGUUUGUUUCAUAUUGCAUACCCAAGUGCUCCAGAAGCGUUAAAAACUGAACUUCGAACAAUAUACAGGCAACUGUGUCAAGAUGACAUGCCCAUGGUUAGGAGAUCUGCUGCAACAAACCUUGGAAAAUUUGCUGCAACGGUUGAAUCUGCCCACUUGAAGUCCGAAAUCAUGUCUAUAUUUGAGGAGUUGACACAGGAUGAUCAAGAUUCUGUUCGGUUGUUGGCUGUUGAGGGUUGUGGAGCUCUAGGAAAGUUGUUGGAAUCCCAAGAUUGUGUGGCUCAUAUUCUACCUGUUAUAGUUAAUUUCUCUCAGGAUAAGUCUUGGCGUGUUCGUUACAUGGUUGCAAAUCAAUUAUAUGAGUUAUGUGAAGCUGUUGGUCCUGAGCCUACCAGGUUGGACGUGGUUCCUGCAUAUGUUCGGCUACUUCGUGAUAAUGAAGCUGAAGUACGUAUUGCUGCUGCAGGAAAAGUAACGAAAAUUUGCCGGAUUUUGAAUCCAGAACUUGCAAUCCAGCAUAUUCUUCCUUGUGUAAAGGAAUUGUCAACAGAUUCAUCUCAGCAUGUUCGUUCUGCUUUAGCUACAGUUAUAAUGGGAAUGGCUCCAGCUUUAGGAAAGGAUGCAACAAUAGAGCAACUGCUGCCUAUUUUCCUUUCUCUUCUAAAGGAUGAAUUUCCUGAUGUCCGACUUAAUAUUAUUAGCAAGCUUGAUCAAGUGAACCAGGUGAUUGGAAUUGAUCUGCUAUCCCAAUCUCUGUUGCCAGCAAUUGUUGAACUUGCAGAGGAUAGACACUGGAGGGUUCGACUUGCAAUAAUUGAAUACAUACCAUUAUUGGCAAGUCAAUUGGGUGUCGGGUUCUUUGAUGAUAAGCUUGGUGCUCUUUGCAUGCAAUGGUUAAAAGAUAAGGUUUAUUCCAUUCGUGAUGCUGCCGCUAAUAACGUGAAGCGUCUUGCAGAAGAAUUUGGCCCAGAUUGGGCAAUGCAGCACAUAGUUCCACAGGUUUUGGACAUGAUUAACAACCCACAUUAUUUGCAUCGUAUGACCAUUCUACAUGCAAUUUCUCUACUUGCUCCUGUUAUGGGCCCUGAAAUUACUUGUUCAAAACUUCUGCCUGAGGUUAUAAAUGCAUCAAAAGAUAGGGUACCGAACAUCAAAUUCAACGUGGCAAAGGUGUUGCAGUCACUUAUUCCCAUUGUUGAUCAGUCUGUAAGUUAUUUAACAUAAUUCUGUAAUCUUUGUUCCUGGAAGCAUUGGAUCUUUGAAAUCUUUGGAACUUAGUUAUCAUAUUUUCUUUCAUUAUAUAAGAUGAAAUGACUAAUUUUUAGAGUCGAAUAAAUUGGUGUUGUUAAUUGUUGUUGAAUAAACAUAGUUCUCUAUAUGUUGAAUUAAACGGGCUAAAAAUCAGAAUAUUUGCAGCUUGAUAGGGCUAGAUAGCAUUUGGGCUCUCUCUCUCUCUCAUUCUCGCGAACACACGCAUAUGUAGGUUCAUCAAUCAUUUGCAAAAUCUAAGGAUCAUGUAGUUGAGGACCUGUAAUCAGUUUGUUCUUGAAGUCAUUUCCUUUUAAAAUAUCCAGGGUAAAUUACCAGUGUUGUAGUAUCUUAUGUUUCAUUAUCUGGUUUAUAAUCAAGAAGGGUUCUUGAACGAUGCAGGUAGUUGAGAAGAUGAUCCGUCCAUGUUUGGUCGAGCUGACUGAGGAUCCCGAUGUCGAUGUCAGAUUUUUCGCCACCCAAGCACUGCAGUCGAGCGAUCAGGUCAUGAUGUCCAGUUAGAUUUGUUGUUGUAAUUAGCAAUUUUUUUUCCUUUCUCAUUCCUGUUCAGAAUGCAGAUAUAUUAUAUUUAAUGUCUUACUGAUGAGUUGCUAGAGGCUAGAGCUCCUUGUAGUCAGAUAAUAUGUUUGCCCUCUGAUACUUUGAAUGCAUUUUUUACCUCUUGUCCAGUA